AGAGCGAGGUCUGCUCCCGCGCUCGCGCUCGCCUUACUCUCGACUUCCCUCCGCCAGCUGUCUCGCGUGGCCCGGGUUUCUGGUCGCCCGCGCGGCCUCAGGGCAAGAUGAGGCAGGCGGCGCUGCGAGGGCCUGUCGAGGGCCAUUCCCCAGCAGACACUACCCCAGGUAGUUUUAAGGCCGAAUUACCUAAAAGCGGGAGGACAAGAAGCUUCGCUGUCGGCGGGCCACCCUGCAGUCACCAAUCCGUCCACAGCCCGGGCCCUGCCACUCAGGCUGGGUAGCUCGGCUUCCAGCACCUAGGACUUUUGGUGCUGAUUUGAACUUUACCUUGAAUGAGCAGCAAGGCCCUGUAAGGCUUUGUACCACCUUGGGCAAGGGGCUGCGUGCUCCUGGCAGAGGACUCACUCAAGGAUCCGAGAAUCCCGAGAAACAGAGAGUCCUCCACAUGCGUGAAGCAUGUUCACCUAUACAUGUGAAUCACGUUCGUGAUAAGUUGCGGGAGAUAGUAGGAGUCUCCACAAACUGGAGAGACCAUGUGAAAGCAAUGGAGGAAAGAAAAUUACUUCAGAGUUUUUUGGCUCAGUCACAGAAAGGACUGCCACCCAGGAGAAUGAAAGACAGUUAUAUUGAGGUUCUCUUGCCUUUGGGUAGUCAGCCUGAAUUACGAGAGAAAUACUUGACUGUUCAAAACACCAUCAGAUUUGGCAGGAUUCUUGAGGAUCUUGACAGCCUAGGAGUUCUCAUUUGCUACAUGCACACCAAGAUUCAUUCAGCUAAGGCAUCUCCUCUGUCUAUAGUUACAGCCCUGGUGGACAAGAUUGAUAUGUGUAAGAUGAGCUUAAGUCCAGAACAGGACAUCAAGUUCAGUGGCCAUGUCAGCUGGGUUGGGAAGACAUCCAUGGAAGUGAAGAUGCAAAUGUUUCAGUUACACGGCAAUGAAUUUUGUCCUGUUUUGGAUGCAACCUUUGUAAUGGUGGCUCGUGAUUCUGAAAAUCAAGGGCCGGCAUUUGUAAAUCCACUCAUCCUUGAAAGCCCAGAGGAAGAAGAACUCUUUAGACAAGGAGAAUUGAACAAGGGGAGAAGGGUUGCCUUCAGCUCCACGUCAUUACUGAAAAUGGCUCCCAGUGCCGAGGAGAGGACAACCAUACAUGAGAUGUUUCUUAGCACGCUCGAUCCAAAGACUAUAAGUUUUCGAAGUCGAGUUUUACCCCCUCAUGCGGUGUGGAUGGAGGAUUCAAAACUGAAGAGCUUGGAAAUUUGCCACCCUCAGGAGCGGAACAUUUUCAAUCGGAUCUUUGGCGGUUUCCUUAUGAGGAAAGCGUAUGAACUUGGAUGGGCUACUGCUUGUAACUUUGGUGGUUCCCGACCGUUUGUAGUAGCAGUGGAUGAUAUCAUGUUUCAGAAACCCGUUGAGGUUGGAUCACUGCUGUUUCUUUCUUCGCAGGUUUGCUUUACUCGGGACAAUUACAUUCAAGUCAGAGUGCACAGUGAGGUGGCCUCUCUUGCGAAUAAAGAGCAUAUGACCACCAAUGUCUUCCAUUUCACGUUCAUGUCAGAAAAAGAAGUGCCCUUGGUUUUCCCCAGAACCUACGGAGAGUCCAUGUUGUAUUUAGAUGGGCAGCGGCAUUUCAACUCCAUAAGUGUACCGGCGAACUUGAGAAAGGACUACGUUGUGGAGCCCUAGGAAAACCAUGCUUGUUUAAGAGCAGCCCUCCACGGUGGCAUAGUGCCCGGUGAAAGCCCGAUCAAGUGUUUUGGUUUCAGUCUUUAUUCUCAUCCUCUGUUGAGAAGAAGAAUGUAUUCAACCUUUAGGAUGAUCAGCAAAGCAGAACAAGAGAGUGGCUGGGUGGGGCGGAGGAAGAGGGAGUUAUUAAACAAUAAACACUCUCAAGACAAUUUAAAUUAGAAACCUACCAUGUCACCUCCUGUGUGGUAAAGAAAUGAGGGCAGAAUGCCUUUAUAUGCAGUUGGAAACGUUUCUUUUCUUAAGCUUAUCACAAGCUAUCCGUAUGUGCAGUUUCCUGCCAAGGUAUUUGGAGGGCAUUCCUUAAGCCUGACGCUGCAGUUCCCCUGUAUUGUCUAAAUCCCAUCAACCCUACAUGAGUCCUCUGUGUUUUGCCUGCGUCUCCUUCCCAGCUUUGGUUGUUGGCAGGAGGCAGAUGAAAAGUCGGGGUGAAGGGAGCUAACAAAAGGUAAGGCAUUUGGAAGGAUUUGUGGGAAGCUUUAAGCCUAAAGCCAUACCAAGAGGAGGUAUUCAGAGAUGAUCUGUAUGAGGACACACAGGACCAUGUGUUCAUUCUUUUAUUCACCAGAUAGCUUUUCACACUCUACUCAGAGCUGGCCAGGAUAUAUCUGAUUCAAAAACAGGAACAGUGACAAUAAUGGCUGCUUAUGCUUGCUGAACACUUGCCAUGUGCUAAGGCACUGUCCUGAGCACUUGAUGUGUAUUAGCUCAUGUAUUUCUUCCACCACCACUAGAGGUAGGUUCUCUAACCCUCUCAGGUUAGGUCACUCAAGCACAGACAGGUUAAGUGACCUGCUCAUGGUCUCACAGCUAGUAAGUGGUGGUGCUGGCAUUCAGAGGCGUGUGGCGCCAGGGCACGCUUGACCAGUACAUGGGACUGCUUUCUGUGUCCAGGAUCACAUUGUCACCUAGGAACCCAAAGGGAGGUAUUCUCAUGAGUCUAGCCAAGACAAAGUUCCUUUCUUGAUGGGAUGGGAGGUCGAUUGAGUCCGGGAGAGACAAAAACCAGGCUUUUGGGAAGAAAAGAGUCCUCUCUGGCAAGGUGUUUCCCCACACUGUACUUGCACCAUCCUGAGCUUCUCUGGGCCCUUCAGUACAGUACAGCAUUUUGCAGAUUUACCUGUGACUCGGUGGGGACUCUGGGAGUUGUGUGAAUGUGUUAAGGGCAGUUCAAUGAAGAGACCUACUGUCUGCUGUCGUACAGAUUAUAUGUUAUACAUUUAAACAUUUUUUGCUUAUUCA